UUAUCUGUGGCGUUCUCUGUUUGCGUGAGUGAAAUGAAACUUUCGUAAAUUAUUACGAAUUACGUGUAAAUAUUAUAAGGUUUCCACUAAAUUAUAUUUAUUACAGUUAUUUUAGAUAUUAGACAACCAAACCAAAAUGGCAGACGUUUUAGAUAUCGAAAAUUCAGAAGAAUUUGAGGUUGACGAAGACGGUGAACAGGGAAUUGCGAGAUUGAAGGAAAAGGCGCGAAAACGCAAAGGCCGUGGUUUUGGCAAUGAAGGUGGUGGUGGCGGAGCCUCGGAAAGAGGCAGUAGGGGAAGGUAUGACAGCCUAGCUCCCGAAGGCGAUGGAAGUACGCCCGGUCCUCAAAGAUCAGUCGAAGGCUGGAUCUUAUUCGUCAGCAACGUCCACGAGGAAGCUCAAGAAGAGGAUAUACAAAACCAAUUCUCGGAGUUUGGUGAGAUAAAGAACAUCCACCUGAAUCUGGACAGGCGUACUGGAUUCCUGAAAGGCUACGCACUAGUCGAAUAUGAGACCUACAAGCAAGCAGCAAGUGCUCGUGAAGCUUUGAGUGGAGCAGACAUCCUUGGGCAGGCAAUAUCCGUAGACUGGUGCUUCGUGAAAGGCCCGUCCAAAGUUCACAAGAAGAGACGAUAACCACUCAGAUUACCUGUGUUGCAGUUAACGAACAAACU